AUGCAUUUCAGAGCUUAUGACCUCUGCCUAGUAGAAAGUCGUACACUCCGGACCCAAGGCUGCAACAAAAGCAACUGCGACGCCAAUACUGAAAUGGACCAGACAAAGGAAAGUGGAUCCGUGCGGAAGGCACUGGCCGUGGAAGGGCGUGUGUGGUCCCCACAAGCUCCGAAAUUAAACAGGACGCAAUUCCCCACCUCAGACCUGGAGAGUGUUCAGCGGGCGCGCCCCGAGGCCGCUCGGAGAGUCUCAGGUGCGAAAGUUAAGCCGCCGCCGCGUCACCGGAGGCCCGGGCGAGAGGCGGCCAGGCCAGCGGCAGCCCUAGCCCAGCCCCUUGGCACGUCCCCGCUUGGGCCAACGUGGAGACCCGGGCCACCGCGGCUGGGCAGGGCCCGGCCGAGGCCAGGCCCCUCCGAGAGGCGCCGCCGCCGCGCUUCGCCCGACUCCGACCCGCCGGCCUUUACCUGUGUCCACGUCCCGGAGCCUCCGGCUUCGCGCCCCCUCCCGGCGCUCCCGGCCGCCAGCAGCCAGGCUCUGAGGAGUUGCUGCGACUCCGGCAGCAGCGGCGAUGCCGGUUCGGCGAGACGGGAAGCGACAGGAGCCAAACCCCGCGGAAAGCGCUCUAGCUGUGCCGGCAGCCCCGACCCCGCGGCCUCGGACGUGGCGCCCCGGCGCUCGCCCGCCGCCGCCAGCUGCCCUGCUCACCCCACCUCUGCGGGUUCCCACCCGAGCCGCGCGUGGGCGGCGCUGGGCUUUGACCUCGCGCAGGCAGACAAGCGCCGCGGGCCAGACGGAACCUUCCACCGGUGUACAAGGAGAUUAACCACUGAAGUGCACCUGACUGACACUACGCUUGACAAAUUACAGUUGGGAGGAAGCAAUUGGAGGAUGUAUUCUAUGACAAAGUGGAUAGGCAGAGAAUCUGUUGAAGAGAGAAGUGAAAGUGCCAUCCGUAACAACUGUGGGGGAAGAUAUUGGACAGAAGAUAGUGCUAACAUGUACCUCCUAUUCGGAUGGACAGUACGGCAUGUGAAGAUUCACACCGUGAACUUUUGCUCCAAGAACCACUGCAGGAGCAUACCGGGAAAACCUAAAGAAUUCACAGAUCUUUGAAAGAAGCGCGCGUCACUGCAGAUUCCAUGAGAGAUGAACAACUAUUGCGUUUCCGUAGUCUGAAAGGGGGAAAACCUGCCUUCAAACACAUAUUCCCGCUGGGGAAUCUGAAAAUACAGACCACCAGAAAAGGAUUUAACCUUAUCUAGAGCUGGAAUAGGAUUUAGGGAGCUGUGUGAAAUAUAAAAGUAAAAGCAACAAUGGAAAGAACCUUGUAGGCACUCCCAUCCUUCAGCUUGAGCACAGGGAAACCAUCCCUGAUUGUAUUUCACAGGAGUCCUCAGGGAAGGCACUCAGCAGAAUUAGGGAAGGGUCACAGGGUCUCAGAAGCUUCCAACUGAAUUUUGCAAUAAUUUUAACUGGGCACUAACUUUUUUGACAGAAUCUGGCGGUGAAUGGGAACUGCUGCAGAUACAAGAGCAGGAGUUACAGCCAACUUUGUUGGCAGUUGGGGAGGGGCGAGGCCUGAAAGCAGUGCUUCCUUGCUAAGUGGGGUAGUUUAUGGCCUGAGGCAAGGUCUGAGUUUCAGGAGAGCAAGCUGCCUGGAUCUAAACUUGGCAUUGUUAGUAGGACAUUGUGGGAGCGAGACCAGCCUUGCCUACUGCGUGGGAGAUGGGUGAGACCUUUUGCUACUAGCUAUUCCCCACCUACCUGGUGAACAAUACUGCUAAGCAGAGUCAGCCGUACUCCUCUCUGGAACAUAACCUCAUUGGUCUGAGAACCACCCUCCCAAUCCCCACAGUGGCAUGGCAAGCCCACCAGAGGAGAGUCUGAGCUCAGACUUCAGAGCUUUAUGGUCCCAUCCAUUGCCUGAGUAACCAGAGUACCUCACCUGGUCAACUUAGGGGAGGCUUAUAUCUGACUACUAAUAACACAGCUGGUGCUCUCUUGAAAGCACCAUCUCCUGGCUGAAGGCCAACCAACUCAGGCCAUUACAGCAACUCAUGACAGAAUGACCCUGCUCCCAGGAAGGAGAAAACAACAGUUAAUACCACCACCUGCAGUAUCCUGGCUAACCAGAGGCCCUGAGUCUAUCCACAUGAAAACUUCACCACCAGCAUAAUCAGCAUUCAAGAAAGCCAGCACACUAAGCCUAUCUGCAACCAAAGACUCUCACAGAAUCUACUUCACUCUCCUGCCACCUCCACCAGAGCAGGUGCCGGUAUUCACGGCUGGGAGACCUCAAGACGGACCACAUCACAGGACUCUUUGCAGCCAUUCCUUAGCACCAGCCUGGAGUUUGGUGGCCCCACUGGGUGGUUAGACCCAGAAGAGCAAUAACAAUCACAGCAGUCCAGCUCUCAGGAAGCCCCAUCCCUAGGGGAAGGGGAAGAGCAGCACAUCAAGGGAUCACCCCAUAGAACAAAAGAAUCUGAAAAGCAGGCCUCAAGUUCCAGAUUUUUCCGCUAGUGGUUAGUUUCUGACAGCAGAGAUACAAUUGCAGUGCUGGGUGCAGUAGGGAAAGUCUGCAUCUCUACCCCAUCAGGCAGGCAGCCUCUGGGAUGGUGAAGGGGCUUGGAGAACGGGUCCUUGUUCCCCUCUGGCACUCCACCACAGACUCAGCUACACAGCUGGGGCUUCCCUCACAGGAACACAGCAUGGAGGCACCUAUAGACAGUCUUUCUGGAAAAAUCCAGAGUAAGUGCAACCCCACAGGAGGACCACACUCCAGACUCAGGCCUGCAUGAGAGGUAGAGUCACAGUUCCUUCUACAUCUGGCUUUCUACUGCAGCAACCUAGACCAAAGCACUUACCAUCUUUAUUUUUAUUUAACAAAGUAUGAGAUGUGGCACUGCAAUUAUGAAAAGAAACAUGGCCCUCAGGGAAAGCUAAUUAUUAGCUUUCAUAUAUUUUCUGCCGUGGAUUGUAAUCCUCAAGAGGAUAGGGAUUGUACUUGACUUAUUUUUGUCUUCUUGGUGACACAUUUGUUAGGACUGGCAUAAAUCUCCUGUCUUAAUAGGGGUAGGUGUAUUUUGGCUCCCAGAUUCUAGCUAUAAUGAUAAAUAGACUUGUUAUCUGAAAGGGAAACCUCCCUGUAGACAUUGCCAAAAGGUUUGCCUGAGUUUGCUGAGAUAAUAUGCCAAAUUUUCUGGCACCUGAUUAAGUUCCCUGACCACCUGAAUGUUCAUUCUGUGAACCUCUAAUGUGGGUCUCAUUCUCCUGGACAAGCCUUGCCUUUCUGUCUCUUCCUAUCUGUCUUUCUGUUUUUCAGCCAGGGCGCAGUCCUAACCAGCUGAGUUCUCUGGCCUUACCUCCUUCAGCUCAGACUCCCUGGUGAAAGCUGUUUUGCCUAAUUUUCCGUUAGUUGCCCCUCUGAAUUGCUGACCCAGCAUGAUGGCCGGUUGCUGGGCUGGUGAAGCUUUGCUGCCCCCUUCUGGCGAAUGUUUAGCAAAUGUUUGUAAUGAAUUUUGGAAAUAGAAUUGCAUGCCUUUCCAGAUGCUAGUGUGUAAUGAAAAGCUGCAUUUAAAAAAAUUAAAUACUACUUAUUGAGAAGAUCCUGUGUGGAAGAAAUACGAGGCACUGCAGAUACAGUGGUGAGUGAAACACACAAAAAUCUGUGCCCUCAUUGAACAGUCGGGAGGAGACAUACAAGACAUACAUAACGGGAAAAAGUAAAUCCAAGAUUACACAAGCAAUAUAGCUGGGAAUGGAGAUAUGGAGUGGGGAAGGGGCAUUUAAAUUUUAGAUAAGGUCAGGGAAGACCUCCCUGAGAUGUAAAGCACAUGAAGGAAGUGGCAAAGAGAACAGUAAACACUGAGGCAACAGGCUGUUGGAAUGUUUGAGGAACAUCAAGCAGGCCGUGUGGCUGCCACACUGCAGCAGAGUGACUGAGAGGGAGAGUAGUGCAUAGACCAGAAAGCUGAGUGUAGGCAGGAGGAGGCAGAGCACACAGGGCCAGAUGGGUAAUUUUAUACAUAGGUAUACAUGCAUACAUACGUAUACACAUACACAUACAUAUAUGUAUACACAGACGCAGAGACACACACA